CACAGCGGGGAGAAGCCGUACGUGUGCGACCGCUGCGGGCAGCGCUUCGCCCAGGCCAGCACGCUGACGUACCAUGUGCGGCGGCACACCGGCGAGAAGCCCUACGUGUGCGACAGCUGCGGCAAGGCCUUCGCGGUCUCCAGCUCCCUCAUCACCCACUCCCGAAAGCACACCGGAGAGAAGCCGUAUAUCUGUGGCAUUUGUGAAAAGAGUUUUAUUUCCUCCGGAGAGCUCAAUAAACAUUUUCGGUCCCAUACAGGAGAAAGACCAUUUAUCUGUGAAAUGUGUGGAAAUUCUUAUACAGAUAUAAAAAAUCUUAAGAAGCACAAGACAAAAGUUCACACAGGAUCUGAAACUCCCCCUGAUUCUGCUGCACUUGAUAAUUCUUUCUAUGAACAAGAAUCUGUUCAGAGUCAGAAAAGUCCUUUAUCAGAGUCCAUAGAUGUGAAACCCUCGGAGAUGUUGUUAGCACUUCCUCUACCCAUUGGGACUGAAGACCACCAGAUGCUGCUGCCCGUGACGGGCAGUCAGUCUCCGUCAGAAACGUUACUGAGAUCUGCCGUGAGUGGGUAUUCAGAACCUCAGUUCAUUUUCCUGCAGCAGCUGUACUGA